GCGGAAGCUGUCAUCCAGCGAUAGGUGAUCAUUAUGACUGACUGACUGACUGACAUAUAACAUAGUUGCAGAUGUUUGAGUUCUGAUCCUGGAUCAAGUUCAUUGCUUUACAUUUAAGCAGAAUGGGCAACUGUGUCUUGUAAACCAAUACUAGAUUACGUCACCAUGGUUGGAAACGUGAAAGCUUUUGUUUCUGGCAUGGCCUGCCGCUUUCCCAAGUCUGCAAACGUGAAUGAAUUCUGGGAGAACCUGCUAAAUGGUGUGGACAUGCUGGACAGUAAUGUUUGGCCUGAUGGUCUGUAUGGUCUGCCACCAAGAACUGGACACAUCCCCGACACUGAUAAAUUUGAUGCCAAGUUCUUCAACAUCCCUGAAAGUGAGGCUCAACACCUGAGUGUAGUCUGCCGUCUGCUUCUAGAGGUCAUUCAUGAGUGCAUUGUGGACUCGGGCUUGACCUUCAGUGAUAUUGAGGCAGCGAAGACUGGAUUCUACCUAGCUUGUACAUUCUCUGAUGUCGAUGAAGUCACAACUUCUCUGAUGGCCGAUUCCUGCUGGUUGAAUGUCAAGUCUGAGAUUGUAAGUCAGCUGAGUCAGAUGUUUGGUUUUGACGGGCCGGUGAUCAGUGUGGAUACAGCAUGUAGUUCAGCAUUCGCUGCCAUUGACGUAGCCAUCGGUGAUCUCAUCACAGGAAGAUGUAAAUAUGCCAUCGUUGCAGGAAUCAACCUUGUUAUUAGUCCUAAUGUUUCACUGAGAUUUCACCGUCUGGGCAUGCUCAGUCCAACUGGAGACAGCCACGUUUAUGAUCAAAGUGCCGAUGGCUAUGUGAGGUCAGAUGGAGUAGCAGUCAUUUUCCUUUCACAGGCUGAGUCUGCCUGCAAAAGAAUCUAUGCAUCAUUGAUUGACAUUGCUAUCAGCUGUGAUGGUUACAAAGAAGAAGGUGUUUUGUAUCCCAGUCAUUUUGCACAAAGCUCUCUGCUGAAAUUAAUUUAUUCAAGAAACGGGGUCAAGAACAAGGACAUUUCCUACAUUGAGAUGCAUGGCACUGGAACACAGGCUGGAGAUCUGAUUGAAACAUCUGCUUUGGCUGAUGUCUUAUGUCAGGAACGUGAUGAGCCGCUGUUUGUGGGAUCUGUGAAGAGCAACAUGGGUCACUGUGAGGCUACUUCAGGUCUCGCUGGGUUAAUCAAAUGUAUUCUGUCCAUGCACCAUGGGGUAGUGCCUGCCUGUCUUCACUACAAGACUGCCAACCCAAACAUUGAAGCCAUCUGCAGUGGACAAGUGUGUGUGGUCACUGAACCCCUCAGUCUCACAGGUGGAUUGAUUGGGGUGAGUUGCUUUGGUUUUGGUGGAGUCAAUGGCCAUGCAUUGUUACAGCCGUACAGACACAAUGUGCCUGACAACAAAGUCAUUGAUCAACUGUUGAUUCCUGUGACUGCAAGAAAUGAGAUAAAUUUCAACUCAAGUAAGUGUAUCAUUGUUGUGGUGUACCCAGACACACACAACUCAACAACAUCUAAAUUCUGCCUUGUAAGUGAAGCACCUCAGAAACUGUGGGUGAUCUUGAACGAUGUAGCUUGGUCGUCUGGACAUAUCAACAAAGAUGUGCUUUCUCUGUCUGUUUUUGCUCAAUCGCUGGCCAAAUCCGACAAGGUUAUAAAAGAGUUUUCUGGUGGUUUGUCUGUUUUGGAGAACUUGGAUGUUGAGAAAACACCGCUGUCUAAACUUAGUUUACUGACACACACUGUGUGUCUCAUCGGGAUGAUGGAUGUCUAUCUGGCGUCCGAUGUUCAGAUACUUGGCAUCACUGGCUGCGGUUUGUCUGAGAUUGCCUCAGCCUACAUGACGGGAUGUCUGACACUCGCUCAGUGUCUGCAGGUCGCUGCAGCUAUAGGAGAAUACCUCGAGACGUUUGCCACGGAGUGCAAGAAAACCUCAGAAGAUUGUUUAGUAAACACAUACUUGGUGAACAUGUCUGCUAAUCAAGCCUAUACACUAAGCCCUCAGGUCAAGGUCACUGCUAUCCUGCAGUCAUCGGUGGUGUUGGCUUUUCAGAUGAAAUACAGUACACGCAUCUUGACAAUCCUUAGGAAAAAAGGUUUCUCGGUGACCGAUCUCAACUGUGUGGUUCCUCUAUACAGUACACUGAUGGGAAACCUCGACAGCUUGAAACACACACUGAAGAACAUUAUAAAGUCUCCAAGAAAAAUAUCACCACAGUUUAUGAGUGCCUCUUCGUACAUCGUGCAGCCGAGGGUUUCUGUUCGAGAUGAUCAGUCUGACGCCGAGUACUUCUGUCGUCUUCUCCAACACAGCUACAACUGGAAGAAACACGCUUCCUGUCUGCCCAACAACUUGGUGCUGCUCACACUGAACAUGGACGAAUCAUGGAUGUCUGGUAAAGUGAAGUACCAUCCUCAAACAGCCACUUCUCAGUCUUCUGGUGACCAGUUCAGCCAAGCCUCCUCGUCAUCAGCCUCACUGGAGAAGCAGUGUCACGGGAGACAGAGCAGGCUGAUGUCUGAUGAACUGGCUGACAGGAGGGGAAGCAAGGUGUUGAAGCUGAAUGACCGGCGAGGGAGCCAGGUGUUGAAGCAGAAUGACCGGCGAGGCAGCCAGGUUGGGAGUCUGCUGGGGGAGUCACGACACAGACGGCCCAGUCAGGUAUGGCCCAUAGACCGGCUGUCCGAGAGGAGGCUGGACCAGCUGCUGUAUGAGACUGGCUAUGUUGCCGAUGUCGGGCACGAAGCCAUCCUUCACUCCAGUCCUGACAGACGCUCAGUGCUGGGAGUGCUCGCUCAGCUACAUCUUCGAGGACAUAAAAUCAGCGUGGGUCACCUCUUGAAGAUGUCAGCCAUCUUGGACUGCUCUGCACCACCUCUCAGCCCAUUGGUUGGUUGGGAUCAUAGUAUCAGUUACCCAGUUGUUGAUUGGACAUACUUCUGUUGUCAAGCGAAAGAUGACAAUGACGACGUGUACCGGGUGCCUGCUGUUGAUAAUGGUGACCUGUGGGAUCCACUGAGCAUGGCGUUGUACCACACCUGUUCUGCAAUCAGUUAUAAAUUGACUGGCAAGGAGGAAAGCCUGAUGGCCAUUUCACUGAACAACCUGUGUGUGAACUCUGACGUCUUGACCCAGGAGGCGGUGCAGGAUGCGCUCGUUGAAGUCCAUGUUGGAAGAAGACAGUUCUGUGUCUCGUCUGAUGAUGGAAUAAUUCUCAGUGGAACCUAUGAAAUACCACCAGCCGGGAUAACAUUACCCACAAUCCCUGGAUAUGAUGUGGAUAUCAAUGAGAACAUUCAAAACAGUAGUGUGGCAUCCGAGAUUGAGACUACGGAGAUCCUAUGGGAGGGCAGUUGGUUGGAAUUUCUUAUCGCCACUCUUGAGUUUGCUGGACAACACAUAAAAUGGCCACUGGUCAAGGUGAUGGUGGACCCCAAGCAGCAUCUAAAGAUAGCUAAAACAUGUGCCAAUAUUCUCACCACGGUAGACCUGAUUGCAGGUCUCUGUAAGGCAGGAUGUCUUGUUCUCCAGUUCAAGUCUGACAUCCCUACAAGUUUAAAUGUCUCGGCAUCGCAGCUCGAUAUCUCCUCGGCCAGUUACAGUGAUGAUGUGGUGGUGUCUAUGAUCGUGACCGGAUCUCUGAAUCCGCUCUCCAGUUCACAGAGUCGGCUGAUGCUGUACUCUGGGUCCACGUUGGCUCACCCGGAGGAGAGGAUUACUGGCAUUCUCACCGUUAUUGAUAACAGCUUCUCAUUGUGUGACAUUCCCUUCGAUUCUCCAUGGCAACUCUCGGAUCUACAGAUGAUGGUUCCUUAUAUCUUAGCAGCAUACAUUGUACUGGAUGUUGCCAAGGCAACAGAGAAGAGUUCAGUAAUUGUUUUACCACCAUUAGACACAGUGGCUAUUUAUGUGAUAGCUCUGGCAGAUCAACUUGGUUGUGGGGUCUACACUGCUAGCUGGGACUCGGAAAUACGGGCCGACUUGGACACCAUGUUUCCCAACGUCCGCAAUUUAUCAGCUAAAAACCUUGUUGCCAAACUGCGCCGCCUAACUCUGGGGCUUGGGUGUGAUAUCUGUAUUAAGAAUUCUGCAACUGACAUGAAUGUUGUCAUUGACCUGGUUGCUGAUGACGGACUGAUCAUCCAGACCGUUCCCCCCAGCAAGAUGGAUGAGUUCGGGAUGAAAGUUUUCCUCAGGAACGUCUCCGUAGUUGCUGUUGACCCAGCAGAGGCCUUCGUCUCCUUCAUGGAGAAGUCAACGGAUGACAUUAAGGCCAUUCUCUGUGUGAUGUCAGACUCCAUAAAACGGCUGCUCCAUGAAGGCUAUCCAGAAAAGAAAGGUUUUCUCUACAGUUUGACUGAAUCGUGGAGUUCAAGCCAACCAAUCAAACUGUGCAGUCUGCUGAACGUCCUCGACAAACCGGGACUAAAUGUCUGUGAUGUCCUGGAGGGAAUAGCGGAGUCGGAUAUCAUUGCUCUUCAGAGAAUACAAGAAAGUUUUCUACCAACUCCACAGGGGUCAUCCAUUUUACAGGAAUCGUCCAUUUCACAAGUGGUUCCAGUUGAUGAGAUGGACACGUUUUCUGUUCAUCCCCUGUACAGCAAUAUGAAUCUGCCUCUGUUCUACCCUUCAUCCAAAGACUUACCCCCACUAGAACACUUGCUGAGUGUGAGCGCACAGAGUGCAUUGUCAACUCCCGUUAUUACCUUGAUCAUUCCUGGUGGGGAGCACAAGCAACACAAAACAACACCAAGUUUAAUACCUCCACCAACGAUUGAACGUGAUCCGAGUUACAGGAGUGUUGUAGCACAUAAAGCUAAACCUGCAAUUGAUGCUGACCAGCUGUCAGAUCUGGACUUGCUUGAUGAGAGGGUAGAUGGUGAAGGAGAUGAGAGCAGCAGACAGACUCUGUGUUCCUCCGGCUCCUCGAGUUCUACUGUCACGCCUGACUGUAGUCGCCAGAGUCAACUUGACCUUCUGUUUGUGGGGACCCCGCGGACCCCAAUGACACCAGCAUUGAGAAGAGUGAUGAUGCCAUCAAAAAGACAGCCAACUCUCGUCAGACUAAAUAAUGUGCUUAAGGGCACCCCCCUGUAUAUGAUACACCCUGUUACAGGUGUUCUCACCCUGCUGCGACCAAUUGGAGCUCAGCUGAACUCGCCGUGUGUAGGAAUACAGAUGACAGCGAACGCACCUCGGACGUCGGUCAAGGAUAUUGCCAGUUUCUACAGAAGCUGCAUAGAAGUGGAGAACCCUUGUGGACCGUAUCGGAUUCUUGGUUACUCCCUUGGAGGCAUGAUUGCCUUCGAACUGGCCCAGCAGCUGCAAGAGGCUAACAAGAUUGUGGACUGCCUAAUAAUGUUGGAUGGAUCCCCAGACUGGGCCCAUGGACAAACCAACCGGAUCCGAGAGAUGCAUGUUCCACCAGGAACACCAGACCACCUGGUCCCUGAUUUGCUGGAGGUAGGUUCUAUCAUGUGGUAUAUGGAGAUGCUUGGGCCGAUUCCCCAGAGAGAGAUGGUACAACAGGCUCUAGAGCAAAUGCCGAACCUGCGAGCCCGAGCAGCUAUGGCUGUCGACUUCAUGAUGGGCAACAUCCUCGUCAGCCCGAGUCCACAGAAAACGAAAUGGCUGGCUGCGAAGAGCAGACUGCAGCAGAAGAAGAGUGAAUUCCGUGUUUCCAGUAAUGCCGUUUUCAACUCGGUCAAAGAAAUUAUGCGGCUGUCGCGAGAGAAAAAGGCUUUGGAGACGGUUGACAUAAGACAGAUGAUCGACACCUAUCAUGUAGAACACAAGUUUAAUGGGGACAUUCAUCUGCUACGCUUGAAAUGUGAGCCUGUCAACUCGACCCCACUUCCUGUUGAUUAUGGACUAGGACCACAGUGCAAUGGAAAAGUACACAUUUCCUAUUUCAGUGGCGAUCAUGAAACAUUUGUGUGUGGAGAAAAUGGCAAGGCAGUGAUUCAUGAACUCAAUAAGAUUCUGUGUCCCAGUGUGAAUUAACCUGCAAGUUUGACCCACAGUAGUUCAAAAUACAUAAUGGAACGGUGAAUGUUCAGUUGGUUAAUGUAUUAAAUGUACACAAUGAUUUUUGUAUUUAUGCUUUUCUUGGUAUUUUGUAAUUUCAGUGCAAUAAUAACCAGCGUAAAUUGGCAGGUUUAGCAAGGUAAAAAUACCCACCUGACUGUUUCUUGUGUUGGAGUAAAGACAAAAGCUUUAUGUGAAAUGUCAGAGAAAUAUCUUAAGAGCAUUUCGCACAACUAAUAAAUGUUUGACAAAUCGGCCUCCCUUUGUAAAGACAUUAUUCAGCAUGUUUAAAUACUCAGAAUUUUGUUUGCAUUAUAAAUUAUAAUUAUAUUGUGCUACUUAUGAGUUUUGGAUGUAUAUAUUUGUAAAGAGUGUUUAUAGAAUAAUACACCAGUAUUAAUGUGCUGUCUAUAAACUAAUAUGUUUUGGUGCUAGGACAUAUUUUUGGAUUGCUCGUUGAUAAAUCGUCGUCAUGACGUUUGAAAGAUAAUCUAUGUAUAUACACCUUUAUAACUGUUACUUUCAAAUUCUUUGGUAAUAAAAUUAUUUCCACAAA